ACGUCCACAUUCCUUACUGGGCCGAGGAGAAACAGAACACCUAGGAAUUCAUAUUAGAAACUUAGCGUAGAUUCGAAGGUAGUGAGGCAGUUAUGUCUAUAAAGAUGGUUCGAAUUUCUCCCGUUAGAAAAUUAUAAGGAGUUUUAAAAUUUCGAAAUGACUUUAAGACGUGUUCAAGUGUCGCCGAGGACAAAUGACGAACGACGAAGACAAGCGACAAGAAAUACAAAUAGUGAACAUUCUGUCAAUAAAUUGCGCACUUCGCGUUGUGUUAAGUAUACAAUGUUUUUUGAAAACAUGUUUUUUUUACUUUGUGGAGCAUUUAUUUCCACAAUUGGUAUCAUUGCCUUGCAAGAAAAGGGAAAAUUAAAGGGUCAAUUCAAUGGAAUAUUAUUGGAUCCAGCGGUCAUCAUAUUGACGACAGGAAUUAUAGUUUUUGUCGUGUCAUUUUGUGGAUCUCUUGGCGCUUUAAGAGAAAACAAAUGCUUAUUGCGCUUUUUUUAUUCAUCUAUAAUGCUACUUAUUAUUAUACAGUUGGCUUUGGGUCUAACUGCUUAUUUCGCAAGAGAUAAAGUAAAAAGUAAAGUAAAUGACAUUUUUCAAGAAGCUAUAAAAAAAUACCAAGAUGAUCCUGAUCUUAAAGCUUUGAUGGAUUACAUUCAAAGCGAAUUAAAAUGUUGUGGAUCAAAUCAACCUAUUAACUGGAACCUAAAUCCAUAUUAUAACUGCAGUUCAAAUACAAAGUGAUGAAGUCAGGAAUGAGCAACAGUUUUUGUUCUGUACCACAUUCCUGCUGUAAGGUUGACAUGCUUAACAGAAAAUGUGGUUUUGGUGUAUUCACAGACCAUAUUACUCAAGGGCAGAGAGAAUUACGAAUCUACACAACUGGUUGCAUUGAUGCACUUGAACAAUGGUUGAAGAAACAUGGUUUGUAUGCUGGUAUUAUUUGUGGAAUUAUAUUGGUUCUACAAGCAAUUUCAGUUAAGCUGGCCUUUCUAAUGAUUGAUGACAUCAAUUAUAUUAUAAAAUGGCGUGAUAAAUCAUAAUGAAGAGGUUAUCCAAGAUAUUUGUAUAAUAAAACAUAUAUUAGAUCAAUUUUUUUAUAUUAGUAAUCAAAAAAUCAAAUUGAUAAAGUUUGUCUAUCCAUUUAAUGGUCACUGAGAAGACAUGUAAAGGAACAGCACAAACUCAAUAUGAUGAGGUUUGUGGCUUUAACAAUAAUGUCAACAUUGUCUCUUGACAACCAUUGUACAUACCUUAUGAUGACAAAUAUCAAGAAAAACUUUUUCAAAUAAACUUAAUAUUUUGUAUAAAUUUAUAUGUAUAAAUAUACUGACUUUGGCAGGCUUUUAAAUACUGGUGCCUUAUUUUUAAGAUAUUUGGUUAAACGAGCCAAAGCAACGCAAUAUUAAUUUCGUUAAGUCUUGAAAAACGAUUUUUGAAACAACGCACAUGCCAACUUUACCGCCAUUUUGAACAAUAACAAAUUUUUUAUUUGAUAUUAAAGCCUUUGCUUCGUUGUAUUUAAGUACAAAAUAGCGCAGUAUAAAAGAAAAAUAUUCUUACUUA